GAGAGAGCGACCUAGAGACUGCCAGGGAUUUAGAGAGAGCAAGUAAGUUACUGGGUCAGAGUGACAGACAGCUGGAAAUAAUCACCAAGAGAGAGAGAGGGGCAGGCAUACGCACAUCAAGAGACACCCUCGUGAUUUUUGACGUUUGACUGGGUUGUAUUAUCAAAGAAAUCGGAAUGAAACGAGGCGGACGAAUUUUAGGAUCAGAGAAAAAAGAUCGGACAAUCUGAUGUCUUUAUCAGUGGACCCUUCUUGAAAAGAUCGUUGGAGAAAAGAGAGGGAGAGGCUCACGUUCCAAAACAAACAAACGGAUCCAAAGGAAGGUAAAGCCCAGAGUGAUUAGAUCCAGACACGAUCAUGAAGGAUCGACUGGAUCAGCUUAAAGCGACUCAGGACACCGAUGACACAGAUGACGUGGACAUCUCUAUUGAUAAUGCAGCCUUCAUGGAUGAUUUUUUUUCCCAGAUUGAAGAGAUUCGACAGAACAUUGAGAAAAUUUCUGAGAGUGUCAAUGAAACAAAGAGACUACACAGCGUAAUCUUGUCGGCACCACUUCCUGAACAGAAAACCAAGGAUGAAUUAGAGAACCUGACUCUAGAGAUCAAGAAAGCAGCCAAUAAUGUAAGAUCCCGUUUAAAAGCAAUGGAGCAAUCGAUAGAACAAGAUGACAUGCAGUCAUCUGCAGAUCUUCGAAUAAGGAAAUCCCAGCACUCCGUUCUGUCUCGGAAGUUUGUGGAUGUUAUGACCAAGUACAAUGAAGCCCAGGUGGAUUUCAGAGAAAGGAGCAAAGGCCGAAUUCAGAGACAGUUGGAGAUUACCGGUAAAAGUACCACAGAUGAAGAACUAGAGGAAAUGUUAGAAAGUGGAAAUCCUAACAUCUUCACAUCUGGGAUAAUUAAUGACUCCCAGAUAUCUCGUCAGGCUCUCAGUGAAAUUGAAUCCCGACAUCGAGAUAUUGUACGGCUGGAGAGCAGUCUUAAAGAGCUUCAUGACAUGUUCAUGGACAUUGCAAUGCUGGUUGAGAACCAGGGCGAAGUUGUAGAUAAUAUAGAGAUCAAUGUAAUGAAUUCUGUGGAUCAUGUGGAAAAAGCUCGUGAGGAGACCACCAAAGCCGUGAAAUACCAGAGUAAAGCACGCAAGGGUGCUCUUAUAGACCGCAUAGAAAAUAAUAUGGAUGAGUCGGUGGGUUUUGUGGAGCGAGCUGUUGCAGAUACAAAGAAAGCUGUAAAAUACCAGAGUGAGGCACGAAGGAAAAUGAUCAUAAUUGCUGUGGUGGUGAUUAUCCUGCUAGGGAUUGCGGCCCUGAUUAUCGGCUUGUCUGUGGGAUUGAAGAAGUGAACCUAAGGGUGAACCCUGUAUAGAAAAAUGCACUUUCAAGCACUCCUUCCACCUGUAUCAAGCGUCUGAUCCCUGUGACCUUCCCCAGUCUUCUCCUACCACAUUCAAACAUCCGAAAACCAGCUUUACUUCCUUUUUAUAUGACAUGGACCUUGUUCCUGAUCCCUGAAAGCCCUACCUGUCCUGCUUACCCAUUGUGUUUCUAAAUUUACAGAUACCACUCACAUUCUUUACUUUUUUACUGAGUGGAUGACACCAUUCAUAGCUGAUUUUGGUCCAUUUAGUUCUGAUGUCUUUUUUUUUUUAUAUACUGUGAUCUAGAUAGGUUCUGCAAGGUGUUUGUUACAUUUUUAAUUAUUUCAUAAAUCAGAGAGCACUGUAAAUAAUGCCAUCUAACAAAGGGCAUGGAUUUCACCUGAUAUGUUUUCUUGUUGAGACACAGACAACCCUGAAUGUGUACCUCUAACAUAAAAGUGCCUCUGAGAAGUGACCUAUCCUGGGGCAAAUUCAUACAGUAAGCGUAAACACAGAAUGUGCAUGCUGUUGCAGAAUUAGACAACGCUGAGACCAAAGACAUGUUCUGCAAGCACUUAUGGCUAUCCUGUAGUAUGACAAUCUGCUAAGUGGGACACUUAAUGUUUAGAUUGGCUUCAUUGUGCAUACUAAUUCAUGAGUUGAUCUUUUUUGUUUCUUUAAAGCAAUGGAAAGCUUCAUGUUAAAGGGACACUAUAGUCACCCAGACCGAUUCAGCUCAAUGAAGUGGUUUGGUUGCAAUGUCCCUCAGGUUUUAACCCUUCAGAUGCAAACAUAGCAGUUUCAUAGAAACUGCUAUGUUUACAUUUGGGGUUAAGCCAGCCUCUAGUGGCUGUCUUCCGGACAGCCACUAGAGGCGCACCUGCGACGCUGGAGGCAUAUUAUGCCUCCAUUGUGCAGAGCGUCCAAAGGAAAGCAUUGAAAAAUGCUUUCCUAUUGACUGCUUGAAUGCGCGCGGCACUUGCCGCGCAUGUGCAUUCGGCUCCGCUGACGUCGGCAGAGGGAGCUGACGUCAACGGGGGAGCCGGGCGCUGGAAUAAGGUAAGCUGCUGAAGGGGCAGCUGUGCCCUUAGUACAGGGCUUACUUAAAGGAUCACUAUAGUGUCAGGAAAACCGCUUUGUUUUCCUGACACUAUAGUGAUUCUUUAAGUAAGCCCUGUACUAAGGGCACAGCUAUGUGACAGAAAACUGAAUUAGUGAUGUGUGAAAGGAAAAUGGCAUAUUUGGUAUGCCAUAGUACAUUUUGAAAUUAAUGUUUUUAGGGAAUUUAAUAUUCUCCUAUAUCACACCUAUAGGAGUUGAUAUGUAGAUAGGAUUUAGACUUUUUUUUUUUUAUUCUGUUGGUGCUUAUAUCUAACCUACAUCUGCAUUUUUGUGAUUUUUUAUUUAUUUUUUCUGAAUACUUGUGUUAGAUACCAUCAUCAAACUGCACAUCUAUCUCAUAUAUACUAUUACAUUCCUUAUCACACUGAACCUGGCUAGUAUUUUAAUCUGGAAUAUCAUCAAACUUCCAGGUAUACAAGAGAAUGAGCUCCUCAUGUAUUUUUGUAUCCUUGAGUCUUUUAAUUUUUACUCCCCAUUCCGUAUUAUAAAAGGUCCCAUCUCAAUUCCUCCAGAUAUUGACGGAAUGGCAAGCUUCUCCCCAGUUGUCUUUAGUGUGUCUCUUCUUAUAAGUACAAAUGACCAGAGUUGAAUGGAACAUGUGCUAUUAUUUCCUUACAUCAACUCCAGAGCCAAACAAGCAUCUUUUGAAGGGCACAUCAUUUUUUAUGGGCCUGGUGGCAAUCAUGUAAUUGCAGGCAAACCUAUCCUACGCCAUCAGACAUGUCCAGGCUUUAUACCAUGUCAGAUACUACACCAAGUUCAUGACAAGUACCUUAUUAGUAUCGACCAUAAUAUAAGAAUUAUUUAUCAUGUUUUAAUGGUUUUUUUUUAGUAUGCCCAUAAACUUCUAAUAUUUCUGAACAUUUAUGCAGACUUUUUUCUCCGACCUGUAUCAUUUAGUGAGCCCAACUUAUAUUUAGGGAAUUUGUCCAUGUAAUCUAAAGACUAGGCCAAUUAAAUUAAUAAAUUGGUAGUCUUUUUAAGGUAUAUGUUAUGUAUUAAUGUACAUAUGUAAAUAUUCACUGACCACAUGAAGGAACACAUUCUUCUAAUUUUCAUCCUUUCUCUCUCUUGUUCUCUCAAUUCUUCUCUCUGAAAUAUUUUUUUCGUCUUCCAUGCUGCAGAAGAAGAUAAUGAUUCUAAUUUGCUGUAUAAUUCUAGUAAUUAUCACGGCAUCGACCAUUGGAGGAAUCUUUGCGUGAGGUGAGAGCAAUGGGUAGCCUCAAGAAGACUAAUCCUAACCCAUUGUUGUCGAAAUGUAGCAGAUUGUGCUAAUAAACAAAAUUGUAAAAGUGUAAUAAUGUAUAUAUUGUAAUCUUUGGUGUAUGACAAGUUGGGGGUAGAACUUGAAAAGGUAUCUGUUUGUUUAUUUUUUUUAAAAUUCAAAUCCCCCUUAUAUUUAUGGACAAUUUUGUAGUUUUCAUUCGUGAGACAUAGAUUGUUCGUGCUCCGGGCAGGAGUUGCUAAACUUUAUCUUCUUUGCUGUUCUUGAAUUUUUUUUCUCAUGAUGCCUAGAUACACAUCCAUGCUAUAUCAUCAAUAGCGGGCACACGAUAUAUUAGCUGCUCCUGCCUUGGGUAUAAACAGUGUAAUGUUUCUAUUAUUGUAUCACAGAUGUUUAACAAACAAUAUUUAAUAUAACGCAGGAGUCUAAGAACAACAAUGGCAACCUUACCAGCUGUUGCAACACGCUCCAUUCCUCUUCCUUAAUAUUAUACUUUAGAAGGGUGAUGGGAAAACUGCAGAUCUCGUAAAAUGAAGGAAGAAAAUUGAUGUACAGAAAAAUUAUGAGGAUACAUACUUGACCAAAUUAAAGGAUCUGUGAAAUUUU